UUCUAAUGAAGAAGGCGUCGAGACCAAAUGCCGCAACCACCACCGCCUCCGUCGCCGGCAAACCGCCGCCGGCGAUGUCGAAGAAGAGGACUUCAGGAGCUCCAACCUCGGUCAAUUCUCUCAGUACUGACUCUCUUUCAUUGAUCUUCUCAUAUCUACACCUUCUCGAUGUUGGUCGCUGUUCAUUAGUCUGCAAAUACUGGAACUCAGCAAUUAUUAAGACAAAGUUACUGCAAUCAAUUCUUUGCAAGAAACUAAAUGCACCUCCCAGCCACUUUGAGACAUUGUCAACAGGUCCAGGAGGGUCACUAAGCGCAUCCUUGCAAGAGCUAGUCGCAGAUCAACAUAGACUUUCUUUGCAGAAAGGUUCCAUCAAUGUUUUUCAGUGGAAAGGACAUGAUGUCAGAAUUGAUCAGUGCAGAAUCAAGCGGGGAUUAGUACUCACUGGUGUAGGCGAUAAGGUUAUGCGACUCUGGUCACCUGAAGACUACAACUGCUUGGAGGAAUUUGACCUCCCAGAUCGAGCCUCUCUAGUUGAUUUUGAUUUUGAUGAGACCAAGGUUGUUGGUCUCACGAGUUCUCGUGUAUGCAUAUGGAGGCGAAAUGGAAGGAGAAACAUAUUUUCCUCAAAUCAAGGCCUUUUCCCAAAGAGUCUAUGUAUGCGUUUUGCAGAUCCCAAUGCUGUUAUUGGCUGUGAGGAUGGGACUGCCCGAGUAUUUGAUAUGUACAGCAAAAAGUGUUCACAGAUCAUAAGGAUGCAAUAUGGACCUGUUUCAUGCAUAAGUGUAACUGAUGAUGAAUUGAUAAUUAGUGGAUCCACUGCUGGUACUGUUACGCUAUCAGAUCUUUCAUCAGAUCAGGAGGUUAUUCGACUGAGAUCGCCCGCGUAUGGAGGCAUAAGGACAUUGUGCUUCAAUCCCAAUUCUCACUUGCUGUUUGCUGGAUCAACUGCAGGAUAUGUAUUGUCUUGGGAUAUCAGGACAAUGAAGUCUCUUUGGAGCGAAAGAGUGAGUCCAAACGUAAUAUACUCCAUGAAUCAUAUGCGAAACGAUAAUUCAACAUUAGUAGUAGGCGGACUAGAUGGUAUUCUACGCAUCCUAAAUCAACAAACGGGUGAAUUGUUCUCUAGUUGCAUGAUGGAAAACACAAGAAGAAGCGGUUUGGCAACAAGACUGCCACCAGAAACACGUAUUGAUCAAAUCUCUAAGACUUCUCGACCUACUAUCCGAUGUUUGGCUGUCGGAAGGGAGAAGGUUGUGACGACUCACAAUGAUGGUUACAUUAGGAUUUGGAAGUUUAAUAAAUUGUCUUGAAAUUUAUAUGCAUUAUUUUUUACUUCAAAGGAUUAUUUUUUAUUGAAG